AGCGAGUCAGCGACAGACUGAGCAGAGCAGCAGCAAGAACUUGUACAGAUUGGUUAGACAGAUCUCUCCACAGUUCACAUCUGGACUUAAUCUAAAACUGGGACAAUGGCUCUGCCUACAAGUUUCCCAGCUGACAUCACCAACACUACCAUAAAUGAAGAUCUGGUAAAUACCAGCAACAAAUGUCCUGAAACAGAGACUGACCAGAUGAUCUACACUGUGGUGCCUGUGUAUGUUCUCAUCAUCUCUGUGCUGGGAAUUGUACUUAAUAUUCUGGUCCUGUUGGUGUUCUGGCUCCACAAGAAGGCCUGCACCGUACCAGAGAUCUACCUGAGCAACAUGGCGGCUGCUGACCUCCUCCUGAUGUGCUUUAUGCCCUUCUGGGCUGUCACCAUAGCCAACAAAUACAGCUGGUUCUUCGGUCUCCACAUGUGUCGACUGGUCAACCUUUGCAUUGUCAUGAACGCCAACUGCAGCAUCUACUUCCUUGUUCUGGUUAGCAUAGACCGUUUUUUGGCCCUGGUGCAUCCACUGUCUCAUGAUAGAAUACGCAGCCGAAAAUGUGCUCAACUUGGUUGUGUGCUGGUCUGGUGUUUUGGUUUGAUCCUCGGUAUCCCCACGCUCAUAUGCAGAAAAGUCAAAGAUUACCCUGAAACUAAUUCUUCUGAAUGCUCUUUUGGUUGCAGUCCAAAUGUAUUUUAUACAAAUGAGGGGCUUCAGACCGUGUUCGGCUUCAUCAUCCCAGUUGCCAUCAUUUCCUGCUGCACCGUCAAGAUCAUUCAAGCUUUGAAAAAUCGACCAGUGGAGGGUGCCAGGAUUCAGAAAGUAGAGCAUAAGGCUACUUUUCUGGUGCUGGUAGUGCUGGUGGCAUUUCUGAUCUGCUGGGUGCCAUUUCACAUAAUGAGGAUGAUAGAAAUCUUCCUAAGGACUGGAAUCAUCCCUGGAAAUAGCAGCUGUGAAGUUGUCCGAGUCUUCGACAUCUGCAUGCACACCUUUAACUAUUUUGCCUUUUUUAACAGUGUUCUGAACCCUAUCCUGUAUGUGAUCGUAGGAAAGAAUUUCCGUACAAAAAUGCGAGAAGUCUCCAAGAGAUACACCGAGACAAAAUCAUCAUCCACACGACUGACCACCAGCUCAGCCUCGACAAAAACAAGCAUAUGAAGGUUUACCAUUUUGUCUGUGUCUGAGAUGUUAAUGGAUUUUUCAUUUGAUGUUGCACCUUGUUCAAGCUUAAUUACCUGAGCCUGACCCAAACACGUUCCUAACAAGACACUACUGAUUGUAUUUUAAUAGACUCUGGGUCUAGGCUACGAUAUACACACAAAGCACCCUUCAUGUCUGAGCAGUGAUCUUUACCAGGAUGGUGGCGUACAUUUUAUCUGUGCAGUCUGUAAUUACGCUUGUGUUUGUUCCAGAUUUUAACCUGUUUAAACAUGUGCAUAAGUUACUAUUAGAUCAUAAGAGGAAUUGCACCCCCUUGUGCAUGAGCUUGUCUUUCAGAAAGUGAAAGAGGAUAGAAGACAGAGGUGCAAUUAAUCAUGUUUUUGUAAGAUAUUUAUGAGAUAUUUAUCACUUAGUCUGAACACUGCCUUCUGUCAUUUUAACCCAAACCUGUAUGACACGUCAACUCCACAGAUCUCACCAGAAUGCAGUACAUGUUACAGUGUGUUUUUAUCACUCCAACCAUCAAAAAUGUUAAGCAUGAUAAAGAACACAAAUAUGUACAAGUGUGUAUAUUUUUGACUUAACUACAACAUCUGUAUCCUGACCUCCAGGGCUGAAAGAUUGUGGCUGAAUCCCAAUUCACCCCUUGGCCCACCCCCUUACUCCUACCCCUCUGUUUUGCACGUACAUAUGUCCCAAUUCUUAAUUAGUCGGAGGGGAAGGGCUAAGGUGGAGGACUGUAUAGCCCUCGAAAUGGAGAUAUUUCAGGACCACACUACGAAUGGAGGGGUAGGAGAAAUCUCCUAUAAUUCUGUUAGAAUCAUUGGCAAGAUGGAGGUGAACACAACAAAAAAUGUACAGCAGUGGGAUGAAAGAAAUACACAAAUGAACGUAUUUUCUCUGUAAAUAACUUCAUAGUUUGAUCGACCGUUUAAUGCUGUUUCAAUGUGUUAUAGAUCACAUUUCUGCGGUUUAUAGUUGAUAGCCACAAAAAGAUAACCAAAGCCCAUGCAACAAAGACAGUUACAGCUACUGACGGCAUGAUGAAAAUUUUCAGAAACAAAGUUUUCACAUCUGUUAAUAGCGGCAUCAAUGACUGCUGAUGGCAUAACAGGUCACGAAGGGUCGUCCCAUUUCAUGGGACAAUGUUUCAACCCCUAACUCUUGCAGCUCCGUUUGAAGGGGUAGUGUCAAGUGCAAGGGGUAGGGGUAAGGGUUAGGGCUAAGGGGUGAAUUGGGAUUGAGUCGAUGUUUUCAGCCUAGUGAGAUGGUUCUCAACAGCCCAUUUCCACAUUCAUAUCAACUGUACAGCAUGUUCAUAUGUAGUCUCUCAGGUAGUCUGCUACAUAACCCAGCAAAUUACUCUGUCCAUACAAUACACAAAGUGAAUAUUAUUAUAAACAAAACUGUAUGUGUUCGCAUAUAUCAUGUACUUGAAUUUACUUGGUAGCAUUUCAUGUAAUUCUGCUGGCUGAUAGCUGUGUUUCCAUAAAAUGUCGAAUGAAUUGUAAGUGCAAAGUGCAUAAUAUGCAUUGUAUCGUCAGCAGGACACACUGUUGGCUACGUUACACAGUACUUUAAUAAACAUAGUAGGAGAAGCAAUGCAUUCUUUUGUUUAUUUGCAUGUAAAAUGUGAUGACAUGUUUUAACACUUUAAUAGAAUAUCUAGGAAGAUGCAACAACAAUUAAUCACUGGAAUUGUUCACUAUAUCGGAAUUUAUUCCAAAAAUGGCAUCUUGAUUCCUCUAUGUUCAUACUCAGUGACUUUAAAAAUGUACAGUUGUGGAACAGUACAUUUUUUGGGUAAUGUUUCAAAAAUGUCUGACACUAUUUAUUGUUUUUAUUUCACUGUCUUCCACAGUCUGCCAUGCUUUAAUGACUCUUUGUUAUCAAUAAUUCUUCUGUACUGAGCUUGUACAAAUCUAGUAAAGACUGAAUUA